UUGGUUCAUAUUGUUUUCGUUUUGUAUUUUGUAUUGUGAUUGUGAUCUGUGAACGUUGUCAUGUUUAAUCUUAAUCAGUCAACAUUGUAAUAUUAGUGUUAGCUAUUUAAAUUGACGGAGUAUUUCACCUCACACCUAAUAGUGCUAAAUUCUAAACAAAAACUUCUUAGGCAAUUUUACUAGUAUUUACUAAUAUUUACUUACGCGAUGGCGUCCGCUGCUGAUUCUGGAUUUGAGACUGGAAAUGAAAGUAACGACAGCACAAUUCAGGAUAAAAUUGUUAAAAAUAUGGUUCUUGAGAAUUCCAUGAAGAAAAUGGCUCAAGAAAUAGACUUCUCAUCUUUGGUAUUCUCCAAGGAAGAUCUCAUGAAGGCUCAUAGUUCCACUGAUGUCGUUUUGCAAGUUCGAGAGUCCAUCUCCCAACUUUAUCCUACCAGCCUGGUGCAUGGAUACGAGUACCAUGCUACACAUCCUUCACACGAUACGGCUUUUGCUCUUAGUUUUCGCCCAAGCAGAGACAUCGGCGGAGUUUUUGUCUCCGGUGGACCUCUGGGAAUACAAUACAAGGGAAACGAGCUCGUCCGCAAGUUGAGGCAUCCGGCUCAUCGCAUCCAUCACUUCAGGUGUUUGCGCCACAGAGAUCCAUCCGACUAUUUCCGAGUCAAGGAAGCAAUUCGGAUGCGUCGGGCGGCCGGUCAGAACGACACGGAGGCGAUGCGUCAAAUGCUCGAGUCCGGGAUGAGUCCCAAUGUGUCGGAUGAUUACAGACGCACUCCCUUGCACAUGGCUGCGUGCAUGGGCUACGCAGAUAUGGUCAAACUGUUGCUGGACUUUGGAGCGGAUCCCAACGCCAAGGACAGGAUCGGCAACACCCCGCUGCAUCUGGCCGCUUGUACUAACAGCGUGCCUGUGAUCACGUUGCUGCUCAAGGCAGGGACUCACAUAUCGUCUACCAACUCUCCUCUCCAGCUGGCGAUCACCAAGUUCAACAUCAUCAAGCGCUCAGCCAUGCCUCACCCCGUGCUCAAGGAACAAGUCGCUCAGGUUAUUUCGAUGCUCACUGAAUACAUGAGGCGCAAGGAAGCACCGAGUCUUGACGCUGAGCUGCUCAACAAGUUUGAGUCGCUCGUUCGAGUGAGCGAUUCUUCAGAACAGGUGGAGAGCGGGAUUUGCGACCUUCUCACUAAUCUCAGUGCACUGGAUAUCUCCAGUUCAUCAUAAUGUCUCAAUCAUUUCCGACCAGACAUUACAUACUUUGCAAAUGAGAUUGAAUUUUAUUUUUCUUUCAAAUUAUUUUAGUUUUUUUUUUCCAGUAAUUGUCUGGUUUUUCUCAUUUAUUAUAAUUACGUUUAACUUUUGCUGUUGUGUUAAACUUUGUGCGCAAAAGGAUUUAUGGUUUAAAAAAAUUAACUUUUCCAAUAUUUAGUCGAAUAAGUAUACUUGUUAUUUUUAGGUAAUGAAACAAUGUAUAUUUUAAGUCUCAGUUUUCUACUCGUAGAAGUGGCAGUUAAAUUAUAUAUUCUGAUAUUAUUCCAUGGAAACUAUAUAUCGUAUUUUUACCAUUAUUGUUAUGCUGCGUAGUACUUUCAGGAGAGGUUCUUUUUUUGUUUUAUUAUUUGUUAGUUAUUUUUAUUUUAUUAGUUAUGUUACAAUAUCCAUACAGUUUGUGGACAGUUUAAUGAACACUCUGUGUACACUUAAAUUAUCCGACUAUCUAAUACUGCCUGGAGACUUAAUAUUUCUACUGUAGUUUUAGAAAGACUGAAUAAUUUAUUUUAAAUGUUAUCAACGUAUAAAGUAUGUUAAAUUAUAACAUAAAUUUACAUGUGUGGUUUAGAAAAACAAAAUGAGUUGACAUUUAGGUCUCAUUUACCAUGCAAAACUUGUUUCUUGUUGUGUACACUAAAUCAGGGCCAUCCCAAGUGUCUUUGUAUUUUAAACAAAAGUAUUUACAUAAAUUUUAAGACUCCAUAACUUAUUAAAUGCCAACUAAAGCUAAGUGUGUGUAGUGCUUUGGUAAGAGUGUUCACUUUUUACAAACAUUUGUUAUGUUUUUUUUGUAUAUAUUGAACUAUCUAAUAUAGUGUUGUAUAAAGUUAAGAGUUCAGUGGUAAUAAAAUAUUUAAAGCUACA